AGGGAGGGUGAGAGGGGGAAGAGGGAUGGUAGGACCCACGUGAACAGUUUAAUUCUGCCGGCCGCUUUGUCUUCUCUUUCGUCUCCGUCCACCACCGUCGCUCUUUUGGUUUUGCUUGCCCCUUUGACUCUUUCUAUUUCCCUCUCGAGAAGAAGAGGAUAUGAUAUAUUUCAUUUCUUUCUCCCUCUUACACAAAGUCUGUCUCUUUGUUCCUUAACACAUAUAGCUGCAGCCCCACACACACACACACACAAAUAAUAUUAAGAAGAAGGAAAGAAUUCAACGAGAAGGAAAUGAAACGAUGAAGAGCUUGGUUUCUUUCAAGUAUUUUUAGCUUCUGGGUUUUGGUCUCUUGAUAUCCAUCUUUUCCAUUCCUUCCCUCAUGGCUGGUAGCAAUGAAGUCAACCUCAACGAAUCCAAGAGGGUUGUUCCGCUAAACACAUGGAUCCUCAUUUCCAAUUUCAAGCUUGCAUAUAAUCUCCUUCGCCGCCCGGAUGGGACCUUUAACCGCGAAUUGGCGGAAUUCCUUGAACGAAAAGUCCAGGCCAACACCAUUCCAGUGAAUGGAGUUUUCUCCUUUGAUCAUGUUGAUCGCACCACAGGCCUCCUUAACCGGGUUUACCAACCUGCCCCUGAAAACGAGGCUCAAUGGGGCAUUGCAGAGCUUGAAAAGCCCUUGAGCACUACGGAGGUUGUUCCAGUUAUAAUCUUCUUCCAUGGUGGAAGCUUUACUCAUUCCUCUGCUGAUAGUGCUAUCUAUGACACCUUUUGUCGCCGCCUUGUCAGCGUUUGCAAGGCUGUUGUGGUGUCUGUCAAUUAUCGUCGAUCGCCCGAGUAUCGGUACCCUUGUGCAUAUGAUGAUGGCUGGACAGCUCUCAAAUGGGUUAAAUCUAGGACCUGGCUUCAAAGUGGAAAGGAUCCUAAGGUUCAUGUCUAUUUGGCCGGCGAUAGUUCAGGCGGUAAUAUAGCUCACCAUGUUGCCGUGAGGGCAGCGGAAGAAGAAAUCGAGGUGUUGGGUAAUAUUCUUCUCCACCCAAUGUUUGGUGGACAACAGAGAACAGAAUCAGAGAAGAUGUUAGAUGGCAAGUACUUCGUCACGAUUCAAGACCGCGACUGGUAUUGGAGAGCAUAUCUACCUGAAGGAGAAGACAGGGACCAUCCAGCGUGUAAUAUAUUUGGUCCGAGGGGCAAAAAUCUUGAGGGACUGGAGUUCCCUAGAAGUCUAGUUGUUGUGGCUGGUUUCGAUCUUGUUCGAGAUUGGCAAUUGGCCUAUGUUGAAGGACUCCAGAGAGCCGGUUAUGAAGUAAAACUCCUGUAUCUAAAAGAGGCCACUAUAGGGUUCUACUUCUUGCCAAAUAAUGAACACUUCUGCUGUCUCAUGGAGGAGAUAAAGAAGUUCGUGAAUUCUAACUGUUAAUAAACUUCUUAACCUUACCUACAGGCAGCCAUACAUAACAGAACCUUGACAUUUCGCUUGGGCUCUCUCUCUCUCUCUUUUUACCCCCUUUUUUUUUCCAGUGACGGUGUGUAGUUACAAGAUUAUUGUGUAGCAUUACUUCUUGCCAUUUUACCACUUAGGUGGUGGUAAAUGGUGGUGUGAGUUCUGUAUCUCCGGGAACCAGUUGUCCUUGGUCUGCAUAGAGUGCCUUCCGGGUUCAUUAAGGCAAGCUAUUCGAGAGGGGCCAGUUCGGAGGGACUUGAACUUGUUUACAUGAUUCAGCUGAACCAUCAAAAUACAAAACUUACCCAUGUCAACUUCCAGCCACGAUAAUGGGGGAAGGCAUAGCUUAGAAAGCAUAGGGGUCAUGUUAGAUGGUUGAUCAAGUUGUUUCUGUACUUUUGUAAUUUAUAAGCACUAAUUUGUGAACAUAGACUGGAACAUAUCCAUCCUGUUAAGAACUUGUAUGGCAUACAGGUCUUCUAGGAUUAUAUAAGAUCUUUGAUUUUUAUCUA